AUGGUGCUCUCGAUAUCGCCCGUCGAAACCGAGGACGUAAAUUUGCUUGUGCGAAAGGUCGAAUUCCCCGCACAUCAAGACAACCCACUCUAUCGCUUGAUGUUCCCACACUCAAAGGAGCAACACUGGGAGGAGAAGGAGGACGAAAUCAGAUGGACGAUUGAUGGUCUUCUUGAGACAGUUCAUCAAGAGGACGAAGCUCUGUACAAGGCGUGUGGAGAGGAUGGAUCACCUGUCGGGCUUAUAGGUUGGACUACCAGUCCAGGAGCAUUUGCAACGGGAGUGAAAUGUAGGGAUUGCCCUCACGGUAGCCCGGUAGUUAAGUCCGGAGCGAGGGGAGUAGCAAAGUUUAAAAGCCGGAACAGCUUUGAUCCUCCCUCUUUGGAUGUUGCUUCGUGGCUUGGUAUCUCAAAACGGCUUAGAGAAGAGAGGCAAAGAGUUAUUCGAGAUUGCCAAGGCAAUGGGAUAUGCCGAAUCACUUUUAUGGCUGUGGAUCCAAAUCAUCAACGUCAAGACGCCUUUGUUUUGUCCUCGCCUGCUGGCAUUCGACUAUACUCCAGGUUCGGAUUCAAAGCAGUCGGAAUUGUUGAGACAAAGGAAGGAAACUUUACUAGCAUGCUAAGGACUUCAUGCCUUAGCCCCCGGGAAAAGACCGCAUUACCUUUAAACAAUAAUGCAAGCUAG